UUCUCCCUCUGCCAAAUCCCCAAACCAAUUUCUCUUCCAAAUCCCUAAUUUCAUACUGCAGCCUAUCCCCUUUCUGCUUCCUCAUCUCGACGUAACUCCCGGCGAGGAUCAGUCAUCGUUGCUCACGCCCUCCUCCGGCGUUUCUCUCUCUAUCUCUCGCAUUCCCUUGUUUCCCCUUUCUCGGACUUCAGGAACCUCCCACAGUCUGGAGAUUUUCGAUAUAAGUGGGGUGUAGCGCCGCCACUGCCUCCGACUUCUCGCCGCCGGUUCUCCCUUCCAAUCGGCGGAUUUACCGAUUUGGGGGCGGGGGGGGAGGCGUCGCCUCUUCCCUCCCCUGUCCAGUCGGAACGCCAUCUCGACUGAUGCCGGGGCUCCGUCGGUUUAUCUCCGCGCGACGGCCGAACCUCCUCCGUCGAGCUCUCCGCCCUAGUCGGAGGCUGUCGAUGCUUCGCGAGGUUCCCGCUGCUGCCGCUGUUCGGGCGGGACUCAAGGCGCCUCACCGUCGUUCGUGCGAUUUCUCCAGCGGUGUCGCCGCCUCCGCGUGAUAAAGCUAAGUCACAUCCCCCUUCCCCCGUUGUUUCGUUGUCGUCGUUCUCAGUUACUAUGCUUGUUCUUGUUUUGUUGUAAGUUGGGCAGUAGCUAUGUGAGAUUGUGAUCUUGACGAUUGAGUGUAUUGUGUGAUCUACUGUGGUGGCCUGCACCUCUCGCUAAGGCUAAGUUCUUCCGUUUUCUUGGCUUAAGCAGCCCUUAUUGUUUUGUGGCAUACUUGGUUAUUGAGGCUAAGCCUAUGUGAUACUUGUUCAUGUUGUUGUGGAUAUCUUAUCGAGUUCUAUACUCGGCUAACUAUCGUUCUAACAUGAUGCAAGAGAGGGUAUGGGGGUGUUUGUCGUUACCUCUGCCUGGGGUGUUCCCUUCGGCAGAUGGCAUUGCUCUAUUUUUUUUGUUAAUUUUCAAAAGUCCUAUAUUACACUUAUAAUUGGAUUUGUGUGCUGAUUGAUGCAAGACAACAAACAUAUAAGGAUGGAAAGAAAAUCUUUAUUUUGACUUGGUUGCUUUACUAGCAACUUUAUUCUCUGUGGUUUUUUUCCACUGCAUCAUGUCACAAUAUGUUUGUUUUCGCUUUCCUUUUUUUGCUUUAAGUUGCUUUUGGUUGCUUCUCAUUUUUCAUUCUCAAUAUUAUGAGAUUUGCAGUCAGGUUUAAAAGUAUUUUAACAAGUUUUUUUUUAGUUAUCCUGAAACCUUUCUGCAUAAUUUCCUCUAGUUUUCUGUAACAGCAGUUGCUAAUGCUUUUGCAUAAACCACAACUUUCUAAGAUCAUAAACUCACCCAUCAUUUGUAUGAUAUGAGCUACUUAAUGCUUUAUAGGUUUUUUAGUUCCACCUCUCCAGAGCCCUUUAACCUUUAACCUUUAAUAACUUUGAUUCACAGCUCCUUAUCUUCACAUUGAUCCUAGCUCUUUAUUAAUUUAUCUUCCCUGUUUUUUGUACUUGAAAUAUAGUCAUUCUCAACAUCUGGCAACAUAUUUUUUACGUGUGUUAUGAUGUGGUUAUAUGCGUAUACAUCCUCAGUAUGCCCCUUAAUUCAUAUAUCAUCAUAUGUUUUCUUCAGAUAUUGCUUGAAGAUAUGAAGAUAUCAGAACAACUGAUUGACCUGGUCUUUUAUCUGUUGUUUGUAGAUAAGUACUUACUACUUCGUAUCCAGGAAUCUCACACCAUUCCCAAUGACAUGGUUUUUCUUCAUGCGGCUCUCGUAGCUUGCAGUCUACAAUUGUUGACAGUCAUUGUUUCUCCACAUUACCAAGAGGUUGCUCAAGCAUUGACUGCGUAUUACAAGGUGUACAUAUUCAAAGAGGCAGCAUUUGCUGCUGUUUGAUGUCAAGUAUCUGCAGACCAACGAUUCAUCUAGAAGUGCAUCCCCUACUACUGAAGAGACCUUGAAUCAUCUCUGGCAGCAGUGUGAUUCUUCUCUUCAAUUUCUACAGCCCCUGUGUCAGCAAAAGUUGUUCCGGGAAUGCAUUGUUAACAACCAGGAGCUUGGGAAGUGGUGGACUGCAGAGCAACUAGCUUCCUGUGUUGGACUCGGCCUUGAUGAAAAAGGAGUAGCUCUACUUCUCAUCUUUGUAGUUGUCAAAAUCCUGGUCUUUGAGGAUUCUGGAAAGACUUUCUGUUUGAGUCAGAUUGCAGAGCUGCUGUGUACCAAACUCGUUGCGUUUGAGGCUACUGAGAUAAUUCAGCAUAUUCUCGUGUUACUCUUAGUCAAUUUGAAGGCCUCUCUAAGCAUUUAGAUUCGUUCUUGCAAAUGUUAUCUCUCGUGGAACUAAGGUGUUUUCUGAGAUAGUUCCUAGUACAUAAAUAGACUAGAAAGUACUUAGUCGAUCCGAAGGUCGAGGGUGGUAGUGGGCGACUGAGUUCUUAACUUAAAAGAUGAGGGGGACACGGUGGAAAACUGAAGGAAAAAGUCUAUUCUUAACCCUAAACCCUAGUUCAAGGAAUAUGCUGGUUGGGGACCGAAUUCAAGGGUUCAAAGUAAAUAUAAAACCAGAGAAGAAGUCAAAGUUGUCAUCAGUAGUUCUGAAGAUACGUGGAAUUGAUCAGCAAAGCAACAAAUCCACACACAGUGGAUGGGCCAUUCUAACCUUGUCAUUUCAGAAGCAAAGCAACAAUCAAUGAUUUCCUUUCCAUUGCUGAUGACACGGCUGCAGGAGCAACUGGUCAGCUGGAACUUCUCUCUACAGCAAUAAUGGAUGGUUGGAUGGCUGGACUUGGUGCUGGCCAGCCUCCGACUACCGAUGCUCUUGGACAGUUGUUAUCUGAAUAUGCCAGAUGUCUUUAUACUUCACAGCUGCAACAUUUGAAGGAUAUUGCUGGUACUUUGGCGACUGAAGCAGCGGAAGACUCUGCUCAAGUAGCUAAGCUACGUUCAGCUCUUGAAUCUGUUGAUCACAAGAGAAGAAAGAUUUUACAACAAAUGAAAAACGGCACAGAGAUGUUAAAUUUAGAAAGUGGCGCUGCACCUAUUCGGAGUCCUUCCACUUCUGCUGAAGAUGCAAGGCUAGUGUCGUUAAUCUCCCUCGACAGCAUACUGAAGCAAGUCAAGGUUUAGGGGCUGCACAUUUGGAGUGUUGUGGGGGCUGGAAAUCGAGAAGAUGUGGAGGAAGACAAGAGAUUUACUACAUCACUCACUUGUCUUAUUGCUAAGUUUAGCAAUUGUUGAAGCAUUAGGUUUGGAGUAGCUCUUGACCAAGCCCUAGUUUAGCCAUUAGUUGAAGUUGGCUCCUUUCAAAGCUUAGAGUAGGAUUAGUUGUUACGUUGUUCUCAUUGUGUGGAAAUCGAGGCAUGCACCACUUGUAUUUCCAUCAUUCUUGUAAUAAUACUCCUCUAGGUAUUUAUCUAAUAAAAGUAUAUCUUUCACUUUUA